CUCUCUCCCGCCAAGCACAGGCCCUCUCGCCCUCUGUGCAGCAAGCCCCCGAUCCCGCCGCCACGCCCCACGCCCACGCCCUACGCCCCACCCCCUACGCCCCACGCCCACGCACGCCCCUCCCCUGCAGUAAACAUGCCGGACGCUCUGCGUGCCACCGACCCUCACCGCCACGUGCCCCCCCUCCAGCCCCCGCAUGCGCCUCCCUCUCCGCUCCUCAGCUGACAAUGUCCGUCUACCUCCUCGCUAAUGGAAGCAUGCCGCAGCCGCAGCCGCAGCCCGGGUUUGAUGCAGGGGGUUCGAUCACGAUCAAGAUGACGGGCCCGGGCGCAAUCAAGAGGUGGCGUUCGUCAACCUUGAUCACCUUUGCCCACCUCCACCAGCAAGCGUCGCAAAAGUUUAGCGUGGCGUGCUUUUCCCUCCGAUACGACGACGACGAGGGCGAUGACGUUGAGAUCUCUACGGUGUGGAACUCUCCCUGGCUGUAUAUACUCCGCCGCCUAGUAUCGUGACCCUGCGCCCUCACAGGAUGACGAGCUCGCGGAAGCCAUUCGUCAGGCUAUGGUGGCAGACGAAAAGCCCAUGCUGCGCUUUCGCCUCACGCC